GCUAACCAAAAACGGAAGAAACGUGGGGUGGAAGCAACGUUUCGGACUACUUGUUGGGGUGAAAUUAAGUACACAUACUGUGUCGGUACAGGCCGGGAGGUUUCAUUUUGUGUCUUUUGGCCGAUAAAUAGCAUGACGACGCAGUUAGUGUAGACACACACAGCAGGUGGUUUGUUAUUGUUUUCACGUCGCACUUCCGGGCUGGGUGGAGAGUUGCCUUCAGCGUCGGAAUCGGUAAUACCCGAAGAAACUUUCCCUCUUUUAUUCAUCUGCAAGAAGCUCGUAAGGACAAAAACACUGGAUACGCUGACAAAUGGUUAAUGUUGUGAAGUGACGAACAAAAAAUGAUAAGUUAUCCACUGCUAACGACAAAAAAAGACAACAUCGCGUUUCUGCUCUUAUGAAUGAAUGGACGCGAAGCAACAUUUCCUUGAAGUGUCAAGCAAUGAGCUCACCGGCGGAAUCUGCAGUUUGGCACUGUUUAUCGCCUAGGUUUCCGUUUCUACCAACAAAGAAGAAUUUGUGCUUCCUGUUUCCAGCAAAACAACACAACGUGUGCAGUAAAUACCAAGUAUUUGUAAAUAGUCAAAAUGGUCCGCAAGUUGAAGUUCCACGAGCAAAAGUUACUGAAAAAGGUAGACUUUAUUAACUGGGAAGUGGACAACAACGUUCACGAGGUUAAAGUGCUGAGGAAAUACCGCAUCGAGAAGAGGGAGGACUACACAAAGUACAACAAACUGAGUCGCAACAUCAGGGAUUUGGCGCAGAAAAUUCGAGACGUGGACGAAAAGGAUGGAUUCAGAGCUCAGAGUACACAUCAGCUACUAGAAAAACUUUACAGCUGCGGGCUUAUCCCCACCAAACAGAAUUUGUCCCUGACAGAGAAAGUCACAGCCUCCUCAUUCUGCAGGCGGCGGCUACCCUACAUCAUGCUCAGCCUGCGAAUGGCCCAGAAUCUGAAAACGGCCAUCACCUUCAUCGAGCAAGGACAUGUGCGCGUGGGCCCAGAGGUGGUCACGGAUCCGGCCUUUCUUGUCACAAGAAAUAUGGAAGAUUUUGUUACCUGGGUGGAUUCCUCAAAGAUCAAACGACACGUCUUGAAUUAUAACGACGAGAGAGACGACUUUGACAUGUUGGAGUGAAAUCUUUUUCGGGGGGUGAAAAUCUGCGGAUGAAGAGAAAAUGCUUGCCACGAAGCACAAAGCAAAGCCUCGGCGCUGCCAAAGACAGCAUUUUUAGUCUCUGUCCGUCAUUUGUAAAUUGCCACGUGGCUUCGGAUGUCAUCCAAAAUGGCCUAUGUCAUUAUAUGUCAGCAAAAUUUGGUCAAAAGCAUCGAUGGUGAAAUGUUGUAUAGAUACAUGAUUACAAAAGUAACGUCAAUUUAUGACAUAUAUAUAGUGACAGUAUGCAGUCAUUUUGCCUUGUACUGAAUAAAUGUUUAAUAUUUCAUAUUCU